AUGUAUCACCUGCAGUGCGAGCUCCUGAUGACGCACAAAACCCCGGACCUGGACGCCGGCCAGCCGCACCUCGCCGUCUCCGGCGUCGCAAGCAUCCCAGCAGAGCUGAGCUUCCACCUGCUCCACUCCCUGGACGCCGCAGCGGCGGUCAAUUCCGUCACGCCGCAGUCCACCAUCGACUACUUCCUCGGCAACGCCGAUCCCCCUGCAGUACGAGCCGCUGCGCCCCCCGGCCACCACCAGCACACCAUGAACAUGUUGCGCGACUAUUGCAACGGCGGCGGCCACUACCACACCGCCGAGCCGUACCUCCGAGGGACAAGGACCGGCACCCUCGUGUUCGGGGCCACCGACGAGGAGGAGUAG